AUCGCGAACGGACCCUGAGCAUGCGUCAAUAGCGCCGCCACAUUAGUACAGUGCUCUCAGCACAAAUGUCAUUCAACCACACUAGUCAAGACAGUAUGACAACGUGAAGAUGCUGGACUUCAGCGCUGUGUACGGGUGUAGUAACGAGCAAACAAAGAAAACAAGCACAAAGGCAGAACACUUCAUAGGGAACAUUUCGUUUAUGUUUUUAUAUGUUACGAACUUUGUAUGUUACGAAUUGAUGACAAUACAGUCACUUACAGCGCUGACCAUAAGGGAAAGUAGCACCAACACACACUAAAUACUCGGCUUAUCCAGAAAUCAUUUCAAUGGAGCGCUACCCUGUACUAAAAUGGCGGCUCUAUUGACGCAUUUCUUCCAAUGACUGUAUAUAUACGCAUUCCUUUCAAUAGACAACAGCAGGGUAGGCGACAUCUAUUGUAAAUAUCCAUGCUGUCCAGCAACACACUACAGUUCCCAGUGCGCAUUGCGCGUGUGUUGGGUUGCCAAGCGACAGAGACAGAGAUGGACGCUUCCGAGACGCAAACAGAGGAACCUUCUGUAAAAGGAGUGGUGUCUGAUGAUGAAGAAGAUGAUGCUGGAGGCCCUGAUGAAGAGCACAGACUGAUCCCAGAUCAGCAUUAUUACAGUUAUGAAGAGCUGCGAUCCAGAGCGUCCGUCACUGAACACUCACAGCUCCCACUGGACCUGCUGCAGCUCUCGCAUGUGUUCGGCUAUGAGUGCGGGCGGCGGGCGAACCUGCAGCUGCUGGAUGAACACACACUGCUCUACAUAGCUGGAAAUCUGCUGGUGCUGCUGGACGUGAACACUAGAGGGCAGCGGUACAUACGAUCCUGCAGCGGCUGCGGCAUCGGGGCCAUCAUGACUCACCCCAGCAGGCAGUAUUUUGCGGUGGCAGAGAAGGGCCGUCAGCCGAACAUCAUCAUAUAUGAGUAUCCGUCACUGCGGCCCUACAGGAUCCUCAGAGGUGGCACAGGCGUCGCCUACAGCUGUGUGUGCUUCAGUGCUGACGGGUCUCUGCUGGCCAGUGUGGGCUCUGCUCCAGAUUACACACUCACGCUGUGGGACUGGAGGAGUGAGCGCGCCACACUACGGAAGAAAGCGUUCUCUCAGGACGUACACAGGGUCAGUUUCUGUGCUGACGGCACCGGGCAGCUCACCACAUGCGGAUCCGGACACAUCAGGUUCUGGAAAAUGGCCAGCACCUUCACUGGGCUGAAGCUGGUGGGUUUACUGGGAAGCUUUGGGAAAACAACAGUGACAGAUAUAGAAGGAUACGUGGAGCUCCCAGAUGGAAAGGUGGUGUCGGGCUCAGACUGGGGGAAUCUGCUGCUGUGGGACGCUGGUCUGGUGAAGGUGGAGAUCUGCCGCAGAGGAGGGCGAGUGUGUCACAGCGGCUCCAUCCAGCAGAUCAGUGUGGAGGAAGAGGAGCUGAUCACUGUGGGCUCGGACGGAGCAGUGCGGAGCUGGAGUCUGGAGUCUGUGGACGCAGCAGACGCAGCAGAUGACAGCGGUGUGUGUGAGAUCGAGCCCAUGAACGAGCUGCUGGUGGGCCGCAAUGUGAGCCUAGUGUGUGUCGUCAGGAGCCCCGAAUCCUCCGUCUGGUUCGCUCAGGACGCACACGGCUGCAUCUGGAAGCUGGAUCUCUCCUUCUCCAACAUGACGCAGGAUCCCGAGUGUGUGUGCUGCUUUCAUGCGGGUCCUGUUCAGGGCAUGGACGUCUGCAAGAGCUCUCACCUGAUGGCCACCACAGCGCUGGACUGCUCAGUCAGAGUGUUUGACGUUCUGUCGAAGAGGGAGCUGACGGUCAGUCGCUUCAGACAAGGGGGAACCACACUCACCUGGGCCACAGACGCAGUAGGCCGGGGGCUGCUGGCGGUGGGCUUUGAGGACGGUGUGGUGCGUCUGCUGGAGCUCUACAAUCCUCAGGGUCUGCAUGCGGUUGUGGGUCGCUCGCACUGUGGGGACGCAGAGCUCCGGCUCACACACGCGCUCAAGCCCCAUAAUGCAGCGGUGCACGCCGUCGCGUACGACAGCGCUGGACACACACUCGCCACUGGGAGUGCAGAUGGUACCGUGUUCUUCUUCGCGGUGGGCGACAGCUAUCGGCCCCUGGGGUUUGUGUGUGUGCCGGGGCCCAUCAGGGGUCUGCAGUGGUCACCGCCAACACACGAGAUGAACACUCUGCUGGUGCUCUGUGCUGAUGGUCAUGUGGUGGAGCUUCAGUCUCCUGCUGCUGACACUCAGACCUGUGGAAACAGCUUCCAGUUCACUACGCUUCCCACAAUGCACUUCUGCUUCAGCAGCAUCAAGUCCAGGAUUAAGAGAGAUGAAGCAUUGGCGCUCCGACAGGCCAGAAGAGCAGAGAAGCAGAAGCAGAGGGAGGAGCGUCUGAGGAAACUGAAGCAGCAGAAUCCAGACGCCACUGAGGAGGAGCUGCAGGAGGAAGAGGAAGAGGAAGAGGAAGAGGAACUGCCUCCGCUCUACACCCCGUCUCCACCCAGUCCGCUGCUCUGUGGCUUUUACUGCGCAGCUGGAGAGUUCUGGCUCUCCAUGGGCGGCUAUGACUCCGGGUUUCUGUACCGCUGUCAGUUUUCUAAAGAUCAGAGUUCAGACCCUGCGGAGCGGAGAGACGAGCCGCUGUCCUUCAUCCCCGUGCAGGACUCAGAGCUCAACCCCAUCACCAGCAUCAGCUUCAGCUCGAGCGGGCAGCUGUUGGUGUGUGGGAUGGAAGACGGCAGUAUUCGUGUGUAUCCAGCGCAGGAUCUCCAUCAGGGCUCUCUGCAGGCAUUCUGGGCGCUCGGCGUUCACGAUAACUCGAGCGGUCGCGUUCGCCACGUCCACUUCAGCUUCGACGACACGUUUGUGCUGAGCGCCGGAGACGACGGAAACAUCUUCAGCUUCAGCUGCAUGACGGAGCAGCAGAUCCACACACACACACACGCCACCGUUCCCUCUCCACGGGCUGGGCUGGAGAUGGAGAAAGCCGUGCAGGACAUUGAGGAUCCGUCUGCUUACAGCAUAGAGACAGCGAAGCAGAAGCUAGAGCUGGAGCGUGUGUGUGCAGAAGCGGAGCGCAGGAAGCAGCAGCGCAGGGCGAGGCUGGAGGAGCUGCAGAGGAGCUUUCAGGAGCUACUGAAGGAGAACCAGAGACUUCCUCAACACACACGCCUGCAUCGCUCGGAGUUUGAGCUGGACCCGCUGUUCCUCCAGCAGCUGGAGAUGCAGACGGAGCAGAGAGUGCUGGAGGUGCGGAGAGAGCUGGCCUGGGGGGAGGAGGAGCAGCGCAUCGGCCUCAGCAAACUGCAGAACAUGUUCUGGGAUUCGGUGGUGCAGGACACACUCACAGUGUUUGCCUGCAGGAGCGGACACAAGAUCUCCAGCUACCGGCUGCUGGCUCUGCCCUUCACACACACACACCUGAGCAGCCAGAGCUCACCUGAGGAGGCGGAGCCACGACAGGAGCACACACACGCCCACAAACACCAGAGCAGCACCUCACUGCAGGAUGAGGGUCUGCAGGUGUCGUCUGCAGGAACACACACACACACUCAGAAACAUUACAGCAGAGCAGCAGAGAAGGUGGAGAGAGCUCGAGCGCAGAUCCAGACCCGGAGACAGCAGUGGGCGGAGCUCUAUGCCUCGAAGCCCAGCGAGGACUACGAGGACCCUCAGGAUGUGGAGGGCAUCCGUGCGGCUCGGGAGAAUCUGGGCGACUGUAAGCUGAAGUCUGCGGAGGACUUCACCGUUCCUGAACACCUGAGGAUGAACGUGGAGAAGAAGAGAGCACAGCUGCUGGAGCUGGAGAGAAAGAUCUUUGAGCAGAAGUCUGAGAUGAACCUGCGUGUGCUGGCACUGCGAGACCAGAAGGUGGCGCUGCUGUCUGAGCUGCAGGCGCAGGUGGAGCAGCUGCAGGCCAUCCAGCAGACCCUGCCGCUCCAGAAGCACUGCCCGCUGCCCGCGCUGCCCGUCCUGCUGCCCGCAGAGGUGCCCGAGAGGAGGCACCGCUACACCCGCGCCACCCUGGAGCGCUUCAACACACUGAGGCUGCAGGAGGAGCAAGACAUCCUGGAGCUGCUGGAGGCGCAGGACACACACACUGCAGAGGACACACACACCCAGAGCCAGGACACACACGUGGUGGAGGACACACACUCUCAGCAGGAGGAGCUGACGGCGCUGGAGGAGCAGAUGAGGGACAUGGAGGAGGCCAGGAGUCUCAACCUGCAGGAGCAGCUGCUUACACAGAUGCAGGACAGUGUGUGUCGCUUCGAUGCGGAGCUGUGUGUUCUGCGUCAUGAGAAGCAGCAGCUGGACGUGAGUCUGAAACUGGCGGACCUCCGACACGUGACGCUGUUCGAGGAGCUGCUGCUGCUGAAGGACUUCCAGAAGAGGGAGGAGAAGCUGACGGAGAGACUGCACACAUACCGGCAGGAGGAGGACGACAUACAGGGCCGGAUGCGCGAGUGUAAGCGUCAGAUGGAGCUGAGGAAGCGUGAUAUUCAGCGUCUGCAGAACAGAGAGAGGAGCAUCGCCGCCUCCUUCCAGACGUCUCUGGGGGAGAACCAGCGCUUCGAGGAGUUCCUGACCCGCGUCUUCAAGAAGAAGAUCAAGAGGACCAAGAAGAAAGAGACACACACCGCUCAAGGUGGAGAUCAGUCUGAGGAUGAGGAGGACAGCGAUGAAGACUCUGAUGAAGAGUCAGACGCAGAGGAUGAGGACGAUUAUGAGGAGUCUGAGGCUGGAGCUGCACUGGACGACAGUGUGUGUCCACCGAACUGUGACGCUGCACUCUUCGAGAACACACUGCGUCUGCGGGGUCUCCGUGUAGAUGUGGAGGAGCAGCUGCAGGACCAGAUGAAGAUGCUCGACACCCUGAAGAAGGACUGCGACACACUGAGCAAGAAGGAGAAGCUGGUGCAGGGCAGCCGGCGCUCUGCAGACUCAGACCUGGAGCUCCUGAACCGAGAGAAGCAGCAGCGGCUCAAUGAGGUGGACGUGGUGCUGCCGCUGCGUCUGCAUCAGCUGGAGUGUGGCAGUGAGGGUCUGCAGCCGGCUGAUCUGCAGUCAGCUCUGGUGUUGAGCGCAGUGGAGCUGCAGCGGCUGCAGAUGCGCAUCAGAGAGCUGCAGCAGGAGAAGAGUCAGCAGCGGCUGCACUACAGACACGCCCGACAGCAGCACCGACAGCUCACACACCAGCUCACUGACAUGGAGACGCGCAUCAGGGAGUCAGAGGUGCGCUGUGAGCAGCUGAUGCUCCUGAAGUUCGGGAAGCUGGUGCAGCUGGAGGUCCUGCAAACACUGGCAGGAAACAGGAAGGUGGAGGAGAUGAGACAGGAAGUCAGAGAGCGAGACACCAGAUACACUCAAGAGCUCAAACACUGGGAGGCUGAGGUUGUGGAAGCGAAAGCGUGUGUGACUGCAGUGAUGAAGCUGAACACUGAGCGACUGCAGAAGAUGAACCGACUGAUGACACAGAAGAAAACCCUGGAUGAAGAGCUCGACUGCAGACAGAGGAGGACGGUGUGUCAGUAUGCAGGUGGUCUGGUGGAUGAGCAGGAGCUCCAGAGGCUGCAGCAGCUGAUCUCGGGUCAGUCUCAGGACAUCACAGCUCUGAAUGAGGAGAUUCGAGCUCUCUCCCGUAAAGACGGACACAUUCUGCCACCGCUGGAGCCCGUCCUGCGCCCCGCACACACACACACCGCCAGCGGCUCCGGGACCCACAGCAAACUCACACUGAGUAGCAGAGCUGUUAAAUAAACACACACACACACACACACACACUCUGAAUGUGCAGCUGUGAGAAUGCAGUGAAGUCUCUCUGUGGUGAUGUAAAGGUGUGUGUCCUCCUCCUCAGGAUCUGUCUUGGACAAGUCUCCUGUUAUUUAAUCAUAAUAAAGCAAGUUCAUUCAUUCA